CUCCACCAUGGCCACCAGGAGACGGAGACGCGCCAUGUCGAGAAAAGGGGACUCGACAGGAUGGGAAGCUUGCCGACACCUCGGUGCAGAGCAGCGCCCCGACGGAGGUUUUCGGCCUGCGGAAAAGAGGCAAAACGCGAAAGAAGGAUUUUGACCAAGGAUAUGAGGACCCCGUAAAUGAAGCUACACCAUCAACCGGGUCUUCAAACGACGCUGUGCUUGCCAAGCUAGCCUCGUUUGAGGAGGAACUUAAACAACUACGGUUGACAGAUGUGAAGUCCACUCAAGUUGUUAUGGCCGAGGUGUGUGGUUGUUGCAGUGAGACGGGACAUGGAGGCCAUGAGUGUCCAUGCUAUAUGGAGUCGACAUAUGAUCCUAAUCUUGAAGGAGUCCCCUACGAUAUCAACGCCAUCCAAGGGUACGCCCUCCGGGUCCAAAAUGAUCCCUAUUCGAACACGUACAACCCCGGGUGGCGAAAUCACCCUAAUUUCUCAUGGCGGGACCCGAAGGCGGGGUAUGCACCCCAAUCGGAUCCACAACAAGCCUAUUCCCAACCUCGACAAUAUGCACCACCCAACAACCGACCACCAUUUCAACCGAGGCCCGAAUUCCAAGGAUAUCAACCGAGGCCCGAGUUUCAAGGGUACCAACAAGGGCGUAGAGGAUUUGUCCCGAGACAACCAAUGCCAUCUCCACCAGAGCCCGAGAAAGAAGUUAAGGCACCUACCUCGGACCCUCGAAUUGACAAUAUAAAUAAGUAUCUUCAAAGCCUCGCUUCAACCGUGUCCACCCUCCAUGAAACGGUUAAGGGCGAUAAUGAAAAGGUGAUGAUCUCCGAAGUUGCUUCCACCACGAUUCCGAGGAAAGAAUGUGACCCCGGGGGUUUUGUGAUCAAGAUAACCCUCAGAAACGGGAAAGAGACGAAUGGAAUGCUUGAUUUGGUAGCCGGGAUCAACCUUAUGUCAUACUCGAUUUUCAAGCAAUUGGAAUUGGGAGAUCUCAAGCCUACGAGGAUGUGUUUGCAAUUGGCGGAUCGUACACUACGUUAUCCGAAGGGUAUUAUUGAGGAUAUUUUAAUCCGAGUUGGAAAUUUGAUUUUUCCGGCGAAUUUCGUGGUACUUGAUGUGGGAGAGGUCCCAAAUACCGGGAAUGAGCACACCAUCUUGCUUGGCCGCCCGUUUAUGGCCACUACCAAUACUCUCAUCAAUGUCAAAGACGGGCGAGUCACCUUAUCGGCUCUCGGUGAAACUGUCACUUUUACAAUGAGCGAGGUAAAGACCACAUCGUCGUUCACCGAGAGUUGCUCUUAUGUUGAUGUGAUCGAGGCGGGGGUCCACAACCUUUUCCAUGCCGAUGUCUCUUGUGAGUGUGGAGUUCCCGAUGAAGAUGAGUCAAAGAAACUUGAUUUCGAAGAAGAAGGUGUGGUGGAUCUUAUUGAUAUAUCCAAAGAACCCGAACCUCGGGAAAUUUUGACCGAGCUUAAACCGUUACCACUACACCUCAAGUAU